AGGAAUGUUAACAAUUACAGAUUUCAUUAACAUACUGCAUAGAUACUAUAAGUCUCCAAUGGUUCAGAUUUAUGAAUUGGAGGAGCACAAGAUAGAAACCUGGAGGGAGCUUUAUUUACAAGAAACAUUUAAACCUUUAGUGAACAUCUCCCCAGAUGCAAGCCUUUUUGAUGCUGUAUAUUCCUUGAUCAAAAACAAAAUCCACAGAUUGCCAGUUAUAGAUCCCGUCAGUGGAAAUGCACUUUAUAUACUUACCCAUAAAAGAAUCCUCAAGUUCCUCCAGCUUUUUAUGUCAGAGAUGCCAAAGCCUGCCUUUAUGAAGAAGAAUCUGGAUGAACUUGGAAUAGGAACUUACCACAACAUUGCCUUCAUACAUCCAGACACUCCUAUCAUUAAAGCCUUGAAUAUAUUUGUAGAGAGAAGGAUAUCGGCAUUACCUGUUGUGGAUGAGUCAGGAAAAGUUGUAGAUAUUUAUUCCAAAUUUGAUGUAAUAAAUCUUGCUGCUGAAAAAACAUAUAAUAACCUAGAUAUCACGGUGACGCAAGCCCUACAGCACCGUUCUCAGUAUUUCGAAGGUGUUGUAAAGUGUAGUAUGCUGGAAACACUGGAGACCAUUGUGGAUAGAAUAGUGAAGGCUGAGGUUCAUCGUUUGGUGGUAGUGAAUGAAGCAGAUAGCAUCGUGGGUAUCAUCUCCCUUUCUGACAUUCUACAGGCUUUGGUACUCACACCAGCAGGUGCCAAACAAAAGGAGAAUGAAAGUGAAUGACUGCUGUGAAUGUAUACACGUUUGUAGGAGAACCUGAACAAAGUUUCUGGGUCAAGUUUGUCUCGAGAACAGUGACUGCAAUAGAACAGAGCAGGAUGGUUGAGAAUGUGAAUUGGGACUUAGUGAUGGAUGAUGAGUCUAUUCCCCCCAGUGAUGUCGCAAAAAAAAAAAGCAGCAUGACAAAAGCUUAUGUUAAAAUGUAGGCUUGUAUUUCAAAAUGUCUUCAAAACAUUUGCUGGAAGACUUCACAUGAUGUCCUUCAUUAAAAUGCACUGUAUUCUGAACCUUUUUCCAUUUUGUAUUUGACAGAAGUCACUGGUCAGCAAUGGAUAUAUGUGACAUAAGGCAAGUGUAUGGCAUAUUCAUAUCAUAGUGCCUUAUGUCAAAAUACAGCAAUAUGUCAUCACUGUUGCCCAUCACUGUCAAAGGAAGUAUUGUGCUAAACGAGACACUGUAUUUGAAUGUGAAAGUCUUUAAACCUAAAACCAAAUCAGUUUCAGUUCUCAUUAGAUUUGUCAUAAAAGCUGUACUUUGAAUAUCGGUAGACUUCUUUAAAAUUUUAAUGACAGUUUUGUGUUAAAUGUUGCAUUCUGAACUGAGAUGUAAAACAAGACUGAUUUUAAAACCAGCUUUAUUUAUUUUUACUUUCAUGACAAUUUUUUACACAUCCUUGGUGGAUAGCUAAAAUUUCACCAUAUCCAUUAAUAAACUGUUGAUUGUUAUACAAACAAGUGGUAGAUUUUUCUCAUUAUUUAAAACUUUGGAGUUGCAGAAGCUGUGGCCUGUUGAUCAGUCCAUAUUACUUGAGCUGAAGAUUCCAGAAGCGUGGAUCAAAAGUGCUCUGUACUGUAAUACACGGGCACCACGGAGGAAAUGAGGUGUCAGAGAACAAUAUUUUCACGUGUAUUAAAGUGUAAAAUGAUGUUUGUCAACACAACCAAAACUUUUUAUUGUAUAUCAUUUGUACAGAAGUGGAGGAAUGAGGAAAGCUGUGGGGUAUUUGCUAAUGUAAAUGUACUGUAAAGUUUGAAGAUGAGACUUUUAUACUUGUAGAUUCUUGUAGAUGGAAGAAAUUAAACCCUACAACAUCA